AUGCGGGGAGAAGCGCAGGCCCCUGCCACACGGCUUCCCCAGAGCGGCCUUGCCGGGUGCUCUGGAGCCUCUCACUGCAGCAAUUGCUGGCCACGCGUGGCGUUCGAUUCUGCUGCUUCUCUGCUAAGAGGCAUAGAAGAACUCAACGGCUCCGACGGGGUGGACGUGUGUAAAUCGGCAAGCCAAUCAAAAGACUCAAGACAGCAACAGCCGAAGGAGGAGGACAAAGCUUCUGUUUGUCCACGCGCCUGCGCAGGGCUUGCGCUGGAGGCGCUCGAGCUGUUGGUUGAUAUUCUUCGCAUUUUUGGUCCUGAGAGGAUUCUCCUGAGCUUUAAUGGCGGGAAGGACGCCGUCGCAAUCCUCCAUCUCUUCAGAGCCGCUCUCGUGAAAUACACCCUCCUCCUGCAGCAGGAGCAGCAUAAGGAGCAACCGCAACAGCACCAGCAGCAGCAGAAACAGUCCCAGCAGCAGCACAAGGAUACUAAGCAGGAGCACCUGCAGCAUCAACAUCUGUGCAACGGAGGCUUGUCAGAGCACCCAGCCUUAGUGCGAACCUGCGGGUGCUUUCUGCCACGACCCCGAGCAAUUUAUUUUCAUUCUGGACCGCAGGAAUUUCCAGAAGUUGCCGCGUUCGUACGCCGAACAGCUGAAGAGUUCUUUGUCAAUGUGGAAGUCUAUUACUCGGACUGGGCAAGCGGACUGAGGAGCUUCCUUUCACAGCGGCCGCACACGCCUUUUGCUUUCGUGCUUGGCACUCGGAAUACGGAUCCCCAAGGGCUCACAGAAUCUCUGCAGUUUCUGCAGCCGUCAAGUCGCUGGCUUCCUCCCUUCUUGCGAGUUCAACCGCUCCUGAAAUUUGGAUACGGACAUGUGUGGGACUUCCUGAGGUACUUUAAACUCCCCUACUGCUGCCUCUACGAUCAAGGCUACUCAAGCAUUGGAACCAUGGAAAACACGCGGCCGAACCCUCUGCUUAUUCCCUCGGACGGAGGGGCCGCUCUCCCCGCGUAUGAGCUUCUUUCGUGGGAAAGGGAGAGAGAGGGGCGCUUCAAAAAGCAAAGAAAGGAGUCGAAAACAGUGGCAGUCUCGUAA